AUGCUUGCCCAGCAGUUGCUACAUGAACUAAUAUUUAUGGCCUGGUUUCUCGAUAAACUACACAAAAAUGCUUUUUAUCUGCCUGGCAUGAAAAAUACGGUCUUUUUUGCGGAUGCUGUUGUUGUUGUUGUUGCUGUUGUUGAUGAUGAUGAUGUUGAGGAUGAUGAUGAUGAUGGGGUGGUGGUACAGAAAGAUGAGGAUUCUGUUGUUGCUGUUGCUGCUGCUGAUGAUGAU